AUGACUUCAGAAAUCACUUAUGCUGAAGUGAGAUUCAACAAAGGACCUACGGCCUCAGGCAUCCACCCUGGCUCUCUUGCAGCUCCCAAACAGAGGACCACCCCUCACAAAAGUAAGCUUGAUUUUCCCAAGCUCCUCCUCAUCUCAUUGCUGAUACUGUUCCUGCUGUUGGCAAUCACAUUCUUCACCACUUUUAUUAUUUUCUUUCAAAAAUAUUCUCAGCUUCUUGAAGAAAAAAAAUCUUUGAAAGAAUUAAAUCACACAGCAUUGGAAUGUAUGAAAAACAAUUUUAAAGAGAAAGUCUGGAGCUGCUGCCCAAAGAAUUGGAAGCCAUUUAGUUCCAACUGCUACUUGAUUUCUACUGAAUCCAAAUCUUGGCAUGAGAGUAAGCACCACUGUUCUGCAAUGGAGGCCCAUCUGCUGGUGAUCAACAGCAAGGAUGAGCAGGAUUUCAUCAUCCAGAAUCUAAAAAAUAACUUUGCUUAUUACGUGGGACUGUCAGAUCCAGAGGGUCAGAGACAUUGGCAAUGGGUUGAUGAAACACCAUACAAUGCAAAUGUCACAUUCUGGCAUGCAGGUGAACCCAGUGAUCGGGAUGAACGUUGUGUUAUUCUAAAUUAUCGCCCUCAGACACCUGCCGCAUGGGGCUGGAAUGAUAUCAAAUGUUUUCAGAAUCAAAUGUCAGUUUGUGAGAUGAUGAAGAUCUACUUAUGA